CCGCCGCCGCCUCAGCCGCCGCUGGACGAGGAGCAGCAGAACAUGGCGCCGGGGCCGCCGUCGCCGCUGCUGGGAUCCUGGAGGCCGGAGCCGCGCUGAGGGCGCCCAGCUGGAAGAAAUGUUUACUAUUUGGCGAUGAAAAAGUGGUGAAAACUGACCUCAUACUGGUAUACAAACACUAUGGGACCUGACAGUCUUGCUGCAUGGGCAGCCGGCCCCCACUGAUAAUGUGGGGAAGCCAUCAGGUCCACUGGAAAACACUAAUCUGAUCUUGGAAGUGGCUGGUUGUGGCAGGAUGUGUCGACGAUGAUGAUGGCAAGAAAGCAAGAUGUCCGCAUUCCCACCUACAACAUCAGUGUGGUGGGAUUGUCUGGGACCGAGAAGGAGAAGGGCCAGUGUGGCAUUGGGAAGUCUUGUCUCUGCAACCGCUUUGUGCGCCCGAGUGCUGAUGAAUUUCACUUGGACCAUACCUCUGUCCUCAGCACCAGUGACUUUGGUGGGCGAGUGGUCAAUAAUGACCACUUUCUCUACUGGGGAGAAGUUAGCCGUUCCCUGGAGGAUUGUGUGGAAUGUAAGAUGCACAUUGUGGAACAGACUGAGUUCAUCGAUGAUCAGACUUUUCAACCUCAUCGAAGCACGGCCCUGCAGCCCUAUAUUAAGAGAGCUGCUGCAACCAAGCUCGCAUCAGCUGAAAAACUCAUGUACUUUUGCACUGACCAGCUGGGGCUGGAGCAGGACUUUGAGCAGAAACAAAUGCCAGAUGGAAAGCUGCUGAUUGAUGGUUUUCUUCUUGGUAUUGACGUUAGCAGGGGCAUGAAUAGGAACUUUGAUGACCAGCUCAAGUUUGUGUCCAAUCUCUACAAUCAGCUUGCAAAAACAAAAAAGCCCAUAGUGGUCGUCCUGACUAAGUGUGAUGAGGGUGUUGAGCGGUACAUUAGAGAUGCACAUACUUUUGCCUUAAGCAAAAAGAACCUCCAGGUUGUGGAGACCUCAGCAAGAUCCAAUGUAAACGUGGACUUGGCUUUCAGCACCUUAGUGCAACUCAUUGAUAAAAGUCGGGGAAAGACGAAAAUCAUUCCUUAUUUUGAGGCUCUCAAGCAGCAAAGUCAGCAGAUAGCUACGGCAAAAGACAAGUAUGAGUGGCUGGUGAGUCGUAUUGUGAAGAACCAUAACGAGAACUGGCUGAGUGUCAGCCGAAAGAUGCAGGCCUCUCCCGAGUACCAGGACUAUAUCUACCUGGAAGGGACUCAGAAAGCCAAGAAGCUGUUUCUCCAGCACAUCCACCGCCUCAAGCACGAGCACAUUGAGCGCAGGAGAAAGCUGUACCUGGCAGCCCUUCCGUUAGCUUUUGAAGCUCUUAUACCCAAUCUAGAUGAAAUAGACCACCUAAGCUGCAUAAAAACCAAAAAGCUCUUGGAGACCAAGCCAGAAUUCCUAAAGUGGUUUGUCGUGCUUGAAGAGACACCGUGGGAUGCCACCAGCCACAUUGACAACAUGGAGAAUGAACGGAUUCCCUUUGACUUGAUGGAUACUGUCCCUGCCGAGCAGCUGUACGAGGCCCACUUAGAAAAGCUACGGAAUGAGAGGAAAAGAGCUGAGAUGAGAAGGGCAUUUAAAGAAAACCUGGAGACCUCUCCCUUCAUAACUCCGGGAAAGCCUUGGGAAGAGGCCCGUAGUUUUAUUAUGAAUGAAGAUUUCUACCAGUGGCUGGAAGAAUCUGUAUACAUGGAUAUUUACGGCAAACACCAAAAGCAAAUUAUAGACAAAGCAAAGGAAGAGUUUCAGGAGCUGCUUUUGGAAUAUUCAGAAUUGUUUUAUGAGCUGGAGCUGGAUGCUAAGCCCAGCAAGGAGAAGAUGGGUGUCAUUCAGGAUGUUCUGGGGGAGGAACAGCGAUUUAAAGCAUUACAGAAGCUCCAAGCAGAGCGCGAUGCCCUUAUCCUGAAGCACAUUCAUUUUGUGUAUCACCCAACCAAGGAAACAUGCCCUAGCUGCCCAGCUUGUGUGGAUGCUAAGAUUGAGCACUUGAUUAGUUCUCGGUUUAUCCGGCCAUCUGACCGGAAUCAGAAAAAUUCACUCUCUGACCCCAACAUCGAUAGGAUCAACUUGGUUAUCUUGGGCAAAGAUGGCCUUGCACGUGAGUUGGCCAAUGAGAUUCGAGCUCUUUGUACAAAUGAUGACAAGUAUGUGAUAGAUGGUAAAAUGUAUGAGCUUUCCCUGAGGCCAAUAGAAGGGAAUGUUAGGCUUCCUGUGAACUCUUUUCAAACGCCAACAUUUCAGCCCCAUGGCUGUCUCUGCCUUUACAAUUCAAAGGAAUCUCUAUCCUAUGUAGUGGAGAGUAUAGAGAAGAGUAGAGAGUCCACACUUGGCAGGCGAGAUAAUCAUUUAGUCCAUCUCCCCCUGACGUUAAUCUUGGUUAACAAGAGAGGAGAUACCAGUGGAGAGACCCUACAUAGCUUAAUACAACAAGGUCAGCAGAUUGCCAGCAAACUGCAGUGUGUCUUUCUCGACCCUGCUUCUGCUGGCAUCGGUUAUGGACGCAACAUUAAUGAAAAGCAAAUCAGUCAAGUUUUGAAAGGACUCCUGGACUCCAAGCGUAACUUAAACCUGGUCAGUUCUACUGCUAGCAUCAAAGAUCUGGCUGAUGUUGACCUGCGAAUUGUCAUGUGUCUGAUGUGUGGAGAUCCUUUCAGUGCAGAUGACAUACUCUUUCCUGUCCUUCAGUCCCAAACCUGUAAGUCUUCCCAUUGUGGAAGCAACAACUCUGUUUUACUUGAACUACCAAUCGGACUCCACAAGAAGCGCAUUGAACUGUCUAUUCUUUCGUACCAUUCCUCAUUUAGCAUCAGAAAAAGCCGGUUGGUCCAUGGGUACAUUGUUUUUUAUUCAGCCAAACGUAAGGCCUCCUUGGCUAUGUUACGUGCCUUUCUUUGUGAAGUGCAGGAUAUUAUCCCCAUUCAGCUGGUUGCACUCACUGAUGGCGCUAUAGAUGUCCUGGACAAUGACUUAAGUCGGGAGCAGUUGAGUGAGGGGGAGGAGAUUGCUCAAGAAAUUGACGGAAGGUUCACAAGCAUCCCCUGUAGCCAACCCCAGCAUAAACUUGAGAUCUUCCACCCAUUUUUUAAAGAUGUGGUGGAUAAAAAGAACAUAAUCGAGGCUACUCAUAUGUACGAUAAUGCUGCCGAGGCCUGUAGCACCACGGAAGAGGUGUUUAACUCCCCCCGAGCGGGCUCUCCACUCUGCAACUCAAACCUGCAGGAUUCAGAAGAGGAUAUUGAGCCCCCUUCUUACAGCUUGUUUCGAGAAGACACAUCACUACCCUCUCUGUCCAAAGACCAUUCUAAACUCUCUAUGGAACUGGAGGGAAAUGAUGGGCUGUCUUUCAUUAUGAGUAAUUUUGAAAGUAAACUGAACAACAAAGUACCUCCACCAGUCAAACCAAAGCCUCCUGUCCAUUUUGAUAUUACAAAGGGGGAUCUGUCUUAUUUAGACCAAGGCCAUAGAGAUGGACAGAGGAAGUCUGUGUCUUCUAGCACCUGGCUACCUCCGGAUGGGUUUGAUCCUUCUGAUUAUGCUGAACCCAUGGAUGCUGUGGUCAAGCCAAGGAAUGAAGAAGAAAACAUAUACUCAGUGCCCCAUGACAGCACCCAAGGCAAAAUCAUCACCAUUCGGAAUAUCAACAAAGCCCAGUCCAAUGGCAGUGGCAAUGGCUCUGACAGUGAAAUGGACACCAGCUCUCUGGAGCGAGGCCGCAAGGUCUCCAUCGUGAGCAAGCCAGUGCUGUACAGGACGAGAUGCAGCCGGCUAGGGAGGUUUGCCAGUUACCGAACCAGCUUCAGUGUGGGGAGCGAUGAUGAGCUGGGGCCCAUCCGGAAAAAAGAGGAGGAUCAGGCAUCUCAAGGUUAUAAAGGGGACAAUGCCGUCAUUCCCUAUGAGACAGACGAAGAUCCAAGGAGGAGGAAUAUUCUUCGCAGUCUAAGGAGGAACACUAAGAAACCAAAGCCCAAACCCCGGCCAUCCAUCACAAAGGCAACCUGGGAGAGUAACUAUUUUGGGGUGCCCUUGACAACUGUCGUGACCCCAGAGAAGCCCAUCCCUGUGUUUAUCGAGCGAUGUAUUGAGUACAUUGAAGCUACAGGAUUGAGCACUGAAGGCAUCUACCGGGUCAGCGGGAAUAAGUCUGAGAUGGAGAGUCUGCAGAGACAGUUCGACCAAGACCACAACCUGGACUUGGCAGAGAAAGACUUUACAGUGAAUACCGUGGCUGGUGCCAUGAAGAGCUUUUUCUCAGAGCUGCCAGACCCCCUGGUCCCGUACAACAUGCAGAUUGAUCUGGUGGAGGCUCACAAAAUCAAUGACCGGGAGCAGAAGUUACAUGCCCUUAAGGAGGUACUCAAGAAAUUUCCAAAGGAAAACCAUGAAGUCUUCAAAUAUGUCAUCUCUCACCUGAACAAAGUCAGCCACAACAACAAGGUGAAUCUCAUGACCAGUGAGAACCUUUCCAUCUGCUUCUGGCCCACCUUGAUGAGACCCGACUUCAGCACCAUGGACGCCCUCACGGCCACGAGGACCUACCAGACAAUCAUUGAGCUCUUCAUCCAACAGUGCCCCUUCUUCUUCCACAAUCGGCCCAUCAGUGAGCCUCCUGGUGCCACGCCCAGCUCCCCCUCUGCCGUGGCUUCCACCGUCCCCUUCCUCACCUCCACACCUGUCACGAGUCAGCCAUCACCCCCCCAAUCCCCUCCGCCCACCCCCCAGUCCCCCAUGCAGGCCCUGCUCCCCUCCCAGCUUCAAGCAGAACACACGCUGUGAGCCACCAAGGCCUGGGGCAAAAGGAGACCUUCUCUCUUCCACGGGGUGGCGUUUGGUCUUGAACAAAACCAGGUCCACUGGGGUAGGGGUGGGGAGAGUGUCCCCUCUCCCCUGUUAACCUUCUCAAGACCUCAGCGCCAGCACCAGGCCCAGUCUGCCGUGGGCUGGGCUGUCAGGCCCCCUGAGCCCGGCGCUGCAGACCUAGAGCUGUUCGCAGCCAUCAGGGGGCACCCUGCCCUUUGACUUGGACCCUUUUGAGGCCUGCACUGGCCAGGCAGUGGCCCCCGCGGCCCUCCGCACGCUCACUGCUCCCCAGACCAUCUGCCCCACCUGCCCCCGCAUACCAACCUCGGGGCAUCCACCCGCUGCUUGGACAGAGCCCCGGCCUCUGCCAACGGGAGGAGGCUCCGAGAUUUGGGCCGCCCCAGGGUGAGGCCGGCAGCCCCCGCAGAGAACAAUUCCCGUCCGUUUCAUCCGUCUCUUCCCACCUUCCAUAUCUGCACCCCCACCCCCGUUAGGUGAGCCCCUGUCCAGCAGCCUCCCCGGGAACACCCAGGCCACAGCUCUGUCAACCCAAGGUACAGUGCUGAGGGUGCUGGCCCGGCAGGUCAGAGCAGCGAGGGUGGCUGUGUGCCUGGACCACGAGUGUGUGGCUUCCUCUCCGCUUCCCACAUGCCCCCUCCCACUUCACAGGCUUUGGGGAUACAGUCCCUUUAAAACAAAGAACACUGGAAGGAACAUGGAAAAAAAUCCCCAGUAACUUACAAAA